GCCUUAUUUCCGUCAAGCGUAAACAGCGUGUCGGUACCUCGCGUGUGUUGGCACGUUUGACUUCUGUUGUCAAACUCAGUCCUUGUGGGCUUUACAGGUGAGGACUUCUUUACCUGUGUGCGGUGAGGGGCUCCUCAGGGCAGAAUGUCCUCUCACGGAGACGGGACUGCAGAGCAGACCUCCAGCUCUGUGGAUCCGUCCACCUCCUCUGAUACCGAGGCUGAUAGUGGAGACAUCUUUACUGUCACCAUCGGAGCAACCGUGCCCACCGGGUUUGAGCCCACUGCUGCGGAGGAGGUCCAGGAGAAGAUUGGGGUCGAUGCACGAAUCAGCAAAGAUCGAGGCCGCAUCUAUUUUCCAAUCACUACUGACAAACUUUUCCAGGUUCAUCUUCUUCGAUCUGUGGACAAUCUGUUUGUUGUUGUUGAGGAGUAUGAUCAUUACCAAUUCAAAGACUCAAAGGAGGACACCCUGUUGGAGUUGCAGCAGCUCGCCUCCAAACUGCCCUGGACUAACGCCCUUCAGGUCUGGAAGCUAAACCGGACCGUGAAAAAGAAAAAAGGCCACCGCAAAGGGGGAAACGCCACCAAAGACAAAGCCUGCGGCGAGGCCAGCGAGGCGGCUGCUGCUGCCGAGGCGGAGCAGCAAGAGGAGGCCCAGGAGCCGUCCCCGGCCGAGGGGGACGCCAAGGCAGAGGGCGUGCCCGAGUCGCAGGCCCGCCAGAAAGACGCAGAAGAGGCUUCCCACGAGGCCAAACCCCUUAGGUUUCGUGUGACCUGCAACAGGGCCGGGGACAAACACAGCUUUUCCUCCAACGAGGCAGCCAGAGACUUUGGCGGGGCCGUGCAAGAAUUCUUCCAGUGGAAAGCCGACAUGACAAAGUUUGACAUAGAGGUCCUGCUCAACAUACACAAUGAGGAGGUGGUCAUAGGCAUCGCACUGACCGAGGAGAGCCUCCAUAGAAGAAACAUCAGCCACUUUGGACCCACCACUCUGCGUUCUACCUUGUGCUAUGGCAUGCUCAGGUUGUGUAAACCUGAGGACUCUGAUAUCAUACUUGAUCCAAUGUGUGGGACCGGGGCGAUUCCGCUGGAGGGUGCCAUAGAAUUUUCCAAUUCAUUCUACAUUGCUGGCGACAACAACGACAUGGCAGUCAACCGCACAGUUAAUAACGUUUGUCACAUCCAGAAAAGGAGGGCAGACAAGGGCAGCACAUCUGGAUUGCCUAUUGACACAGUGCAGUGGGAUCUGUGCAAUUUACCCAUGAGGACCAGCUCUGUUGACAUCAUCAUCACUGACAUGCCCUUUGGCAAAAGAAUGGGCUCCAGGAAGAAAAACUGGGACCUGUACCCGUCUUGUCUCAGAGAAAUGGCUCGUGUGUGCAGGCCAUGCUCAGGGAAGGCUGUCCUUUUGACACAGGACAAGAAAUGCUUUGCCAAGGCUAUAUCAAGGAUGGGAGGUCUGUGGAGGAAGCAGCACACUGUUUGGGUCAACGUCGGGGGUUUACACGCCGGAGUCUACCUCCUCAAACGGACCGCAGCCGUGUUUGGCCAAACUCCGGAGGACAUCUAUGAAUCACAAAGAAUGGUUGAUAUACAGAGCCAUGACAAGGAGCUCUCUUAAUGAACUUCCUGUGUUUAAAGCUCUGGGUUUUGAGGUCAUGGUUGAUAGGUUUUAUUUAUACUGUCUUAACUAAUUCGCCUUUUUUCCCCCCUGACUAAGAUUCUCUGCUCAAGCACGCCAAAUAGUUUGAAUGUGUCAUUUUGGACAGCAGUCCUCAUGUUGAGCAAAUGUGUCUCACAAUAUUUGACAUAAUUAAUUAAUUUGUUAAAUUACACAAUCUUGGAGGUAGCGUAAGUACUACCCUGUCUGUGUUAAUUCUACUGCAAUUUAGGAUCCGAGCUUCACUAAUAAAGGGUCAACCUCA